AAACGUCAGGUUACGACCGGAACUUAAUGCUGGCAACAUAAGAUGGCGACCUCCUUACUGCGAUUAGGGCGUCUGGGUUCUCUCAAGUGUCUCCAGUUGGAGAGCUGGGGCAUCCUGAGGAGUCACCCAGCUAUGAUGUUCUGCUCUGGGGUUGAAGACACCACAAAGUCAACCACAAAGACUAAGGCUGCAAGCAAGACAGGGGCUCAAGAUGAGCGAGCAACCCUGCUAGCCUACAAGACUGCAGUUGCCUUCCCAGUUAGAUUUUCCAAGCCUGAGGUUUCCUCAGCACAAUAUCUAGGUGUAGCUGAACCAGUGUCCAGCUCCGUAGCAGCAGCAGCAGCAGCAGCAGCAGCAGCAGCAGCAGCUACAGCAGCAGUAGCAGCUCCUCGAGGGCCAGCUGGAGCUGUGCCACAGAUGGAAGACAUUACAGCCACUUCCUCAAAUCUAGCUCCAGACCCAGAUAUUUCUCACGUUGCUUCAGACACGUCUUUAACUGUAAGUGACACAACACCAGCAAGCUCUGUUUCAGAGGGUGCGGUCCCAACCACCAAAGCUUCCUCAGAGCCUCAUGAUCCAGUAUCUGAUGGAUCGUCCUCCUCAUCAUCCAGCUCAGACUCAGACUCUGAUUCUGACUCUGACUCUGAUGAAGAGAAGUCUGAAGCAAAGACACAAACCAAGACCUAUCCACCGAAGAUGGCAGAGUCUGCUAUGAAAGGAGAGACAGUAGCCCACGAAGUCACUUCCGAGUUGAAGUAUGGCACUAAGGAAGAUAACAAGGAGGCUCCUUCAAAACACAAAUAUACUCCUGUCUAUGCUGUUGAGGCUGUACAAGAAACGGCUUCAUCAUCACCACUUGCAGCAGUAACAUCAGCUGUAAAAGCAGCUCAAGCUACUUUGGAGACACCAUUAGUAACCCUUAGUGACAGUUCUGAGGAAUUGGUGGAUUCUGCCCCUGUGUUCUGCACUUCUGCAGAAGAUACUCUUGAGGUCACUCCAGCUGUCCCCAAUACUCAUAGAGAAACUCCAGCUGAAGUUGCAAGUCCAGAGAAAAAUCCAUGUCAUAAUUCUGUAAGUACAGAACCUGCUCAUUCUGCUCAGAUCCAUGUGGAAGGUGCUGCAUUUGCUCCUGUGGAAGGUGCUGCAUUUCCUCCCGUGGAAGGUGCUGCAUUUGCUCCCGUGGAAGCUGCUGCCAAGCCUUUGGAAGUUGAAAUUGCCUCCACUGAAGCCGCUGCUGAGCAUGCAGGUGAUGAUUCCACUCAUAUGGAAAGCACUGAGGAGCUGAUGGACCCUGCCCGAGUCAUAGCUGAAGGUGCAGGAGCAGAUCCACAAGUGGAGACAACAGUUGAGGAACAAAAAGUGGCACCUCCAGUCCCUGAGGAUCCAUUUGACAACAGCACUUAUAAAAACUACCAGCACCACAGCUACACCCCCUUCACAUUCGUUGACCUGGAUGUAGAGAUGGCCAAAUUCCGUCUCCCUCAGCCCUCAUCUGGAAGACCCUCACCCAGACACUAGAGGAGGCAGACUUGCUGUGAAUCUGUAUAAUGCUUAUAAAUAUCCCUCCACUUGUCACAGAAUAAAAGUCAGCUGUUAAAA